UGGGCGCAAGGGACUGAUAAAAAACUGAAAAUAGAGAGUUCCCCUCUAUAAAAACCCAACGCAUCUACCCCAGUUGUGUGUCGAUUCACUAGGUGCAACCAUGAAGUACUUCAUUCUCUUGGCCCUUGUUGCUGCAGCUUAUGCUGCUCCCCUUGAGGACGACAAGAUUGUUGGAGGCUACGAGUGCAGGAAGAACUCUGUGCCCUACAUCGCGUCUCUGAACAUUGGCUACCACUUCUGUGGUGGCUCCCUGAUCUCCAGCACCUGGGUGGUGUCUGCCGGUCACUGCUACCAGUCUCGCAUCAACGUCCGUCUUGGUGAGCACAACAUUGCCGUCAGUGAGGGAACAGAGCAGUUCAUCGACUCCACAAAGGUCAUCCGUCACCCCAGCUACAACAGCUACAACCUGGACAAUGACAUCAUGCUGAUCAAGCUGAGCAGGACUGUCGCCUUGAAUAGCAAUGUGGGCGCCGUAUCCCUGCCCUCCAGCUGCGCCGGCGCCGGCACCACCUGUCUGAUCUCUGGAUGGGGAAACACUCUCAGCUCUGGAACCAACUACCCUGAUACUCUGAGGUGCCUGGAUGCCCCCAUCCUGAGUGACACCAACUGCAGAAACUCCUACCCUGGAGAGAUCACCUCCAACAUGUUCUGCGCCGGAUUUCUGGAGGGAGGAAAGGACUCCUGCCAGGGUGACUCUGGUGGCCCCGUGGUGUGCAACGGUCAGCUGCAGGGUAUCGUGUCUUGGGGUUACGGCUGCGCCCAGAGGAACAAGCCUGGAGUCUACACCAAGGUGUGCAACUACAACACCUGGAUUCGCAACACCAUGUCCUCCAACUUGUGCAACGGUCAGCUGCAGGCUGUGGUGUCCUGGGGUUACGGCUGUGCCCAGGCAAACCGGCCUGAAGUUUACACCAAGGAUGCUUUUUCCCAGUUGUGUGUCGAUUCACUAGGUGCAACCAUGAAGUACUUCAUUCUCUUGGCCCUUGUUGCUGCAGCUUAUGCUGCUCCCCUUGAGGACGACAAGAUUGUUGGAGGCUACGAGUGCAGGAAGAACUCUGUGCCCUAUAUCGUGUCUCUGAACAUUGGCUACCACUUCUGUGGUGGCUCCCUGAUCUCCAGCACCUGGGUGGUGUCUGCCGCUCACUGCUACCAGUCUCGCAUCAACGUCCGUCUUGGUGAGCACAACAUUGCCGUCAGUGAGGGAACAGAGCAGUUCAUCGACUCCACAAAGGUCAUCCGUCACCCCAGCUACAACAGCUACAACCUGGACAAUGACAUCAUGCUGAUCAAGCUGAGCAGGACUGUCGCCUUGAAUAGCAAUGUGGGCGCCGUAUCCCUGCCCUCCAGCUGCGCCGGCGCCGGCACCACCUGUCUGAUCUCUGGAUGGGGAAACACUCUCAGCUCUGGAACCAACUACCCUGAUACUCUGAGGUGCCUGGAUGCCCCCAUCCUGAGUGACACCAACUGCAGAAACUCCUACCCUGGACAGAUCACCUCCAACAUGUUCUGCGCCGGAUUUCUGGAGGGAGGAAAGGACUCAUGCCAGGGUGACUCUGGUGGCCCCGUGGUGUGCAACGGUCAGCUGCAGGGUAUCGUGUCUUGGGGUUACGGCUGCGCCCAGAGGAACAAGCCUGGAGUCUACACCAAGGUGUGCAACUACAACACCUGGAUUCGCAACACCAUGUCCUCCAACUAGAUGGAAAAUGAAGUCACCGACAUCGGUCAUGGAGCUGAAGAAUCUGUUAUGACAAAUAAAUGCUCAAAAUAAUGUCCUUGUUUGUUUUAUUCACUGAAUAAACAGAGAUUAUCUAAUGAGAAUAACAAUGUUUUUCCUUUCAGCACAAAAAUAAAAGAAAAAACUGAAAUUUGUGAUUAACAAAAGCAGACUAUAUCACGGCCAGCUAUACACAAAUAUGUCAAAACAAUAACAAUAAAUAUGAAUUUCCAAGUAUUCUUUCAAUUUUAAAACUGAGCCAUUAAUAAAGAGCUUUAGAAAUCAAA